UGUCAAACCAAAAUAGGGGACAAAUUAGUACUCCCUCCGUCCCGAAAUAAAUGUUCUGCUUUCCCAAAAUGGAUGUCCCAAAAUAACUGUCCUACUUUGAAAAUUUCCUUAUUUGGUAAGCAAAUCUAUACAAAAUAGUGUCAAGCAAUGCAAAACAGUAUCAAACAGUGUCGCAACAGUGCCAAACAAUGUCGUUAUUUUGCCAAACAGUGUCGCUACAGUGUGAAGUCAACUUCAUUUUCUUAAUAUGUGUGAAGGUCAAAGUAGGACAAUAAUUUCGGGACGGAAUCAGUAUCAUUUAGGUCUCCUUUAAUUAAUAAAAAGUGUGUGCUCACUCAUGAGGCCAAGUGUCAAGAUGAAUCAAAACACGGUACAUGGAUCAUCUUCCAACAGAUGUGUACAAAUGAUCUUCAAAACUUUUUGAAGCCGAAAGCAUGCAAAAGUUGCCUCGAAUUUCGCAUAAAAAGGGAGACAGAUGGCGAUUAAUUCACAGGGGUGUGUUGGUUCCCAGGAACAUAAGGAACCACGUAGACAGUAUAUAGCUUUUAAAUUUCAAUGGAGACAGAAUGACAAUGCAAUAAUGUAGUAGUAAUAUAUAGGUAGGAGUAACAUGCAACUGGGCGGCCAGCAAAGAGAUCAGAAAUAUUCCCUGAGAUUGCACCGUGAAAGCCUAACAUGCUGAUCACAAAAGCACAGACAUGAAGGCAGGCAUCGCCCAAUCUCUACUUCUUUAUGUAUGUAUAAUACAGUAAAGGCUGCUUUGCCUGUUUAUGCAUAUAGGACCCACAUACUCAGAAGAACAAGAGGCACAGCUGUCACUCGGUGGGACCUCCGUCGGCCAGAUGGACCUCCAUCGGCCAGAAAGACAUCAACUCAGAACAUGAUCCAGAAGUCAGGAGAACCAGGUGUCUCCGUCGGCCGUAGCUCCAUCGGCCAGACCUCUGUCGGCCACAGAGAGCUCACAGAGCCGGAUUUCAUACUUAGUCAUUUCUACAUACUUUGUACUCGGUCCAGUAGUGGCCCCAUUGUAAAUGGGCCUCCCAAGCUCAAGACUUGGGAGCCCAGCCCACAUUUCCUCUAUAAAUACUCCCCUUGGGAGUAGUUGUAGGGGUGGACAAAUUCAUUUAUUGCAGAACUUAUUGCACUUCUCUC